GUGGUGUGUCGUCAUGACGUUGACGGAAGUUGAAGACUAGGGCCGCGGCGGACGUGACGAGCACGCCAUUGCGUGUUUACGUGGAGAAGCAGAGCGCGAUCGAGACUUGCUUGAAAAUGCAACUGUUUGUUCGAACACAGAACACCCAUGCACUGGAAUUCUUGGGCCAUGACACAAUAAGAGAUGUUAAGCUCAAAAUUGAGGCCUUAGAAGGCCUUCCUGUGGAUGAUCAAGUCGUCCUUUUUUCUGGGACCCCUUUGGAAGAUCAUUUACUCAUCGACCAGUGUGGUGUUCUUGAGCAGAGUACUCUAGAUGUUGCAGUGCGGAUGCUUGGAGGUAAAGUCCAUGGUUCUUUGGCACGAGCUGGAAAAGUUAGGGGACAGACUCCAAAGGUGGAAAAGCAGGAGAAGAAGAAAAAGAAAACUGGCCGUGCAAAACGACGCAUACAGUACAACCGCCGUUUUGUUAAUGUUGUACCCACAUUUGGCAAGAAAAAGGGUCCAAAUGCAAAUUCAUAGGGUAAACACUGCAACCUUGUGAAUAAAUGAAAUGUUUUUUGUGGCCUGGGGAGAAAUGACACUUCUGCACUAAAUGUAACCAUUUUUCUGUAGAUAUGCAGUGUGAUUAAAUUAUGCAGAUGAUAAUACUUGCUUAGUGUAACUUUUUGUAAACUUUGAUUAAAGCAUUGUUUAUGAAA